GCAUUAGCCAGAUGUAGCAGAGAGAAUCACAGCGCCUUUACCAUGUUUAACGGCAGUCUAUUUAUCAUUUCGGGGACGACAAGACAAAAAGAAUACAUAAUCUGACGUGGACCAACGCAGAGGACCUGUUCCCAUCGAUUUAACAAGAUAAUUACACCAUUAAAAGAUGGAUGACGAGAUAUUGGAUCUGAGCAUGGAUGUUGUUCAACAACUGGUGUCUUGGAUCGCAUCUAUCGCCAUCAUAUUUGGAGGAGUUGUGCCAUACAUCCCUCAGUACAGGGAUAUUCGCAGGACUCAGAAUGCUGAAGGAUUCUCCACCUAUGUUUGCCUGGUACUGCUAGUUGCCAACAUCUUAAGAAUACUGUUUAGGUUUGGACAUUACUUUGAGACUCCAUUGCUCUGGCAGAGUAUAAUCAUGAUCAUCACCAUGUUAAUCAUGCUGAAUCUAUGCACCAACGUCCACAUGGCCACUGAACUCAACACCAAACGCCGCUCGUUCACAGCAACAGACAGUAAGGACGAGGAAAUCAAAGUUCCUAAAAGGCUCUUUGUGGAUUUUGACUGGAACUACUUCUGGUCUUGGAGUCGAUUUGUGGAUUAUCUGCAGUGUGUUUUGUCUUUCACGGUGCUGGCAGUCUACGUGACGUAUCUGAUGCUGGACUCGGUUCUGUUCGUAGAGUCCCUGGGCUUCCUGGCCGUAUUCACUGAAGCCAUGCUGGGAACUCCACAGCUCUACUGCAACUACCAGAACAAAUCUACAGAAGGCAUGAGUAUUAAGAUGGUGUUGAUGUGGACCAGUGGAGACACUUUCAAGACAGUUUACUUCCUGUUGACUCAGGCUCCCAUGCAGUUCUGGAUCUGUGGUCUACUCCAGGUGUGCGUGGACAUCGCCAUCCUCUUCCAAGUGUACUACUACAGCCGUUACCCGCAGAAACCCGUCUCGCACACCACACACACCACCAGCGCCAAGGCCCUCUAAAACACACACACACUCUCACACAUAUUAACAAACGGACACAGUGGACAUGGGUGUGCGAAUGAGAAACUACAUGCGUUCAUGUGUCAGUGGAUCAGUGGACAGCUUUUACCUGAAAUACUUUUGUAAAGAGCUGCCACUCUUUGGAUUGGCAUACAGUAUGAUGUAUGCUGUACACGGGUAUGUACAGUAUGUAUGCUGAUAUGACGGGGAUUGUGCUCACACACACACACACACACACACACACACACACACACACACACACAUAUAUAAUAAGAUAUAGAGUGGCCAUAUAAAGUAUUUAGACACUUCAGCCACGCUUAAAGGGAUAGUUCAACCUAAAAUGAUAAUAAAUAAUAAUGUUUAAAGUGUCCAAGCUCUGGUUUAUCAAAACAUUGGAAACCAAGCAAACCAUUUAAAAAAAUACGUUUACAUUUUAAAUGAUCAUACAAUAGAUUAAACUCUUUGAAAUAAAGACAAACUGUAUUGACACAAUACCAGAUACUUCAGAUGAUCUAGAAUCUCUUUGAUCCAUGCUUACAUGCUUUAUUAAAAUUUUUGGACCAGACAUAAUUCUCAUUAUUUCCACAUCCACACUAAUAUGAUUUCAGUUGAAAAUGUAUUGAUUUUGCUUUACCUUUGCAUACUUUGGAUCAUGAUGUUAGAAAACUCAUUGGUGUGGGCGUGGCCAUAGUUUUGAUGACUAUUAUUCUGAUCUAAAAUAUUGAAUAAUAAGAAAGUGGUAGGCGUGUUGAAGCUUGGUUUGAAAUUUUGUCAUGUAAUGCAGUGACAUUAAGUGUGCCCUCAGUGUCCAAAAACUUUUUGGGGCCAGUUUGUAUAUAUAUAUAUAUAUUACCAAUUACAGUACAUUAUGCAUACAUACAAUAUCAUAAAGAAAUGCAGUGAUAUAUGCAGACACAAACACACACACACACACACACACACACACACAUACAGGCCAGCCCAGGGCAAUCAUUGUUGUAAUGAAAACUUUUGCCUUACUGACUCAUAAAAAGAAAUGUAUCUCGCAUCAUCUUGAUGAAUGUACAAAGCUUUUCUAAUAAGAGAUUAAUGCAGUUUUAUUUUAUUUGACAUGCUAUUGAGAAGAUAAGGCAUGUUUUAUCUUGCUGUCUUUACCUCAAUAGGCUGCUGUAGUGUUUCACAGUGAAGGCCAAAUGAUCACCACAGGAAGAGCCCUGUGUCAUCUUGAACCAAAAAUCAACCCUAUACAUCUGUUGCUUGUAUUAGUUGCAGGAAUCAAUCACAUAAUCUCUCCUCUAAAACUAAUCUUGUUUAGGCAAUAAUUGUCUAGCAAUCAUUCCCUCGAUCAGGUUCGUUGAAUUGGGCAAUAGUUUCUGCUAGUGUGACUGAAAAAUGAUCAUUAACAUGUGUUGACCCUUAAAUGAAUAGUUCACCCAAAAAAGAAAAUUGUCAACUUUGUGUUGCUCCAAACCCAUUUCACUUCCUAACUUUCAAGGACAGAAUUUCUUUCCAUAAAAUGAAAUUGUGGCUGUUUUGCAACAAAAAGACAGGAAAAAAGCACAAUAAAAGUUGUCCAUACGCUAACACGAUAGUCCUAAUAAAGUGCCCGACAGGGUCUUCUGCUGUUGUUGCCCAUCUGCUUCAGGGUUUGACGUGUUGUGCAUUCUGAGAUGCCAUUCUGCUCACAACAAGGCUUUUCCGUCCACAGAACUGCCGCUCACUGGAUGCUUUUGCACCAUUCUGAAUAAACUCUAGAGACUGUUGUGUGUGAAAAUCACAGGAGAUCAUCAGUUACAGAAAUACUCAAACCAGCCCAUCUGCCACCAACAAUCAGACCACCAACCAAAUCACUGAGAUCACAUUUCUUCACCAUUCUGAUGGUUGAUGUGAACAUGCUAACUGAAGCUACUGACCUGUAUAUUCAUGAUUUUUUGCACUGUGCUGCCGCUGCACGAUUGGCUGAUUAUAUCCUUGCAUAUGUAGGUGUACUUAAUAAAGUGCUCAGUGAGUGCAUAUUUCAAUUCUUUUAAAGCCAAAUGAUAGCUUUGUGUGAGGAAAAGACCCAAAUUGAAUUAGUUAUUCGCUGAAAAUCGUAUUUGUGUUUACGUGCAUUCAAAUAUGACACCUCAGGACAUGCUGCACCAGGUUUGGAAUGACAUGAGUAUGUAAAUUAUGACAAUUUUAGUUUUGGGGUAAAUUAUUCCUUUAAAGACAACAAACCUUGUAUAAUUUGACUAGGAAAGUAUUGGGCCAUAAAUGGAUUGUUUUAUCUAACUUAAAGGCCAAGUGGUUCAAAUGUUCAGUCAAACGUGAGCCGUAAUAUGUCGGUAGUGGUCCAAUACCUGCAGUCAGGAAUGUUACACGCCAGUCAAGGAAAUGUUUUCUUAUGUUAUGAAUAAGGUGCUGCUUAUAAAUGUGCUAUACAUGUAAAGAGGGAAUUUAGAAUUGUCUAACAUGGAACAAUUGAAGGUCAUUGAGUGAUGUCAUUUUUGUAAAGACAUUUUCCACUCUUACUUUGCCUAAAUGUCAUAAUGUUUUUUGAUCAACAAUUGAUCAUGUGAAAUGGAUCUCAUCAGCCUGACUGCAUUUGUUAAAAACUCAACUAUCCCUAUUCAGAUUAGAAAGACUCUUUAAAGAACAGCUUCCUUUGUAUUCCUUUGUAUUACUAGUGCUGUUAUUUAUUUCCUUUCCAAACAUAUUCUGUUGGGGUUUUUUCUUCUUUCUCAGGUUGAUCCGGAGAGAUCAUGAAUUUGAUCUGAACCUCAUUUAAAUGCGUGUUGUUUCUCUUUUGGGCUUUUACUGUUUUGUUACGAUAACUGUAUAUUUCGUUGAAUGAAAGUAACUGAUGUAGAGUUCCUGUUCUUAUAUCUUUUAGUAAUGUUACUCUUCAUCUGCUCUCCACACAGUAUUGACAUUCACAUGGGUUAUUGGUUAUUGUUCAUAUUUUGUUAUGUUGCAUUCAGCCAAAUGUUUCUAUUCUUGUUCAUUUGGAUACCAUUGUUCACUCCACUUAUUUUUAAUGCUACUUUUUAU